AUGGAGCAGGGGAAGGGUCUGGCGGGCCUCAUCCUGGCUGUCCUUCUUCAAGGUACUUUGGCUCAGGCACAAAAAGGAAAACAUGGCAUUGAAGUGAAUGACAAUCGAGAAGAUGGCUCAGUACUUCUAACCUGUAAUUUGAACGAGAAAGAUGUCAAUAUCACUUGGUUUAAAGAUAGGAAGAUGUAUUUAACUACAAGUAAAAAUACAUUGAACUUGGGAAGUAGUACCAAGGACCCUCGAGGGAUAUAUCAGUGUAAAGGACAACAAAAGAAGUCAGAACCACUCCAGAUGUAUUAUAGAAUGUGUCAGAACUGCAUUGAGCUCAACGCAUCCACCAUAUCCGGCUUUGUCUUGGCUGAAAUCAUCAGCAUUUUCUUCCUUUCUGUUGGUGUCUACUUCAUUGCUGGGCAGGAUGGAGUUCGCCAGUCAAGAGCUUCAGACAAGCAGACUCUGUUGCCUAAUGACCAGCUCUACCAGCCCCUCAAGGAUCGGGAAAAUGAUCAAUACAGCCUCCUUCAAGGAAACCAACUGAGGAAGAAUUGA